UAUUGGUCAGGGCUUGUUGUCACUGACAGUUAACACUUUACAGCUGUCGUCUGUCACAGUGAACUGUCUAGUGGUUGACAUCUGUUGUCAGUUUAUUGAAUAUCAGAAAAUUGAUAUCAGUAUUUUUAAUUUUCUCAGUAUCACCUAUACCGCGAUAAAAACAAGUGGAAUUUUGAUUAAAUAUCGAUUACAAUUCCUUGAUGCAUUGAGUGUUCUAUAGCAGUAUCCAUUAUGUGGAGUGUGACACAGCUAUGUCGAUGCACUCAGUCUCUAAGAAUGGUGCAGAGUACUCUGGUCUCUGGGACCAGGAAUAGCUUCAACACAGUGUCACACAGACAGCUCAUCACACCUGCCAGAUAUAAUGCAUACAAAGCAAACAGCUCCAAAGGAUUUAGAAUAAGCAACUUCAUAAAGUCAAAUGGCAUCAUUGUGCGUUUCUGCUCAGCUGCACCCAAACCAAAGUCAUCUAAAGCGGUGGGGUACUGGCUGCUUGGUUGCAGUGGGAUGGUGUUCACAGCUGUGGUGCUAGGCGGCGUUACCCGUCUGACAGAGUCAGGCUUGUCAAUGGUGACGUGGAAACUCCUCGGCGAGAAGAUGCCGAGAACCGAAGAGGAAUGGCAGCACGAGUUCGAAAAAUAUCAACAGUACCCCGAGUUCAAAUACAAAAACCAGCAUAUCACUUUAUCAGAGUUCAAGUGGAUCUGGUUCAUGGAGUACGCGCACCGCAUGUGGGGCCGCGCCAUCGGGGCCGUCGUGUUCCUCCCUGCCGCCUUCUUUUGGGCCAGGGGGUAUCUGGACAGGGGAAUGAAGAUACGUGUGGGAGCGUACUGCGCGCUGGUGGCCGCACAGGGUCUAAUGGGCUGGUACAUGGUGAAGUCCGGCUUGGAGGACCGUUUCCAAGGCCCGUCGGACGUGCCGCGCGUGUCGCAGUACCGGCUGGCGGCUCACCUGUCGCUGGCCUUCGUGUUGUACUCGGGGCUGCUGGCGGGCGCGCUGCGGGUGCUGCGCCCCCUGCCCGCCGCCGCCGCCUACCAGCGGCUCAAGGGGCUCGCGUCUGUCACGGCCUUCGCGCACACUGUCAAGGCCAUGGCGUUCUUCACGGCAGUGUCUGGAGCAUUUGUAGCGGGCCUCGAUGCCGGCCUUGUGUACAAUUCGUUCCCGAAAAUGGGUGACCAUUGGAUACCGGACGAUAUCCUGGAAUUCUCGCCGAAAUUGCGCAACUUCACCGAGAAUCCCACCACAGUGCAGUUUGACCACCGCGUGCUGGGCACUACCACCCUCAUCGCUGCCACAACGCUGUGGCUGCUGGCCAGGAAGAAACCGCUGUCUCCGAUGGCCAGGAGGGUUGUGAAUGGAGUUGGAGCUAUGGCCUGGUUGCAGGUAACUCUCGGCAUCUUGACCCUGCUGCACUACGUGCCGACUCCCCUGGCCGCGAGCCAUCAGUCAGGCUCCCUGGUGUUGCUCACCCUGGCCAUAUGGCUCACCCACGAGAUCAAGCUGCUCAAAUACAUACCCAAAUAACUAUAAUCUGUAUGUAUUCUCUAUGAUAGUUAAAUUGCACCGUUUUGUAACGAACAGUCGUAUUUGUGCAUGACACAAAAUGUUGGAAAUAAUUUAUUCAUCUAAUUUUCCGUUAUUUGUAGUAAUUCACCACGUCGUCGGUGUACAACUUUUAUAUUUUGGACUAUAUUACACAUAAUAUUAUAGUGUAAUGAGACGAUUUUUACCCUGGCACGGGCAAACGAGAUUACUAAAUUACAUUAUAUUAAAUAAAAAUCCAGGUCCUCAGCGAUGUACUAGUAAUGUCUGUUUCAAAGCUAGUGAGAAAUAUUGUCAUAGAGAAUUACAGUGCAGUGAUGGAAGUGUUCCUAAGACUUAUUAGUUUUUAUAUUAUGACAAUAGCUGAAAGUCUGUUUACCAAGUUCAAGUAAACAAUUAUCGCAAGUCAAAAACGUAAUGUAGCGCGUCAUUUGACGCUCCACAAGCCUAAUGUUGCUCAACAAGUGAUGAGACGGUUGUAAUGUGCCUGUAGUGAUCAGAAUAACGCGCGCUGCAGAUUUUUCGUGUGGAAUAUGACGUGAAAUAAAUUAACUGAUUAUUUAAAUACCACGUUAAUAACACACAAUAUGGUAUCAGACCAGGGCCAUUAUUCUGUAUGAUAGUGUAAACGCGUAUCGCGGCCGUGUCAUGUUAUCUUCGAGAAAUGUGCGUGGAAUAGUAUUCUGUAAGCCAAAUUUCUAUAGUCCUAAACAUGAUGCGUUGUGUUACGUGCUUGUUACACACUAUCAAAAUAACGUGCGGGAUAGAGAAUAAGGCCCCAGUUUGAUUUAUAUACAGGAUGUUUUCAGAAAGUAGGUUUAAAAUAUAAGACCUAUUUAUUUACUCGAACUUGUUAAUUAGAUUUGACUUUGUUUAUAUACGUAUUCUGUUAAUAAGAUGCAAGCGGCAAGAACUUUCAGUUUAACUAUGUUUAUCAGUAUUUUAAGUUAUUCCAGUAUGCAUUGAUGGGAAUUUUUGCAUUCAAUACGCAGUUGUAAACAGUCAAUUUUGAUAUAAGAUUAAAUGUUCAGUAUGGUUACA